AACAGCUUUGUUAACACCCCUGAUUCAACAUGGCUGCUCCCAGGCCAACGGAAGUCUUCAAAAUGACAUUUGUUUGUUGAAAUGCAAGAAAACGCGUUAAGAUUUCGUUAGUUCACGCAGUUAAAUUAUUAUCGAUAUUCACAAAAAUUGAAUUGACAUUUCGUUUCACAUAUUCGUAUUCUAAUAUAAAGACUCACACACGGUUUUUCCUAUUCGUUUUGCGAAUGUUCCCUAACACUACUUGGCAGAUGACAUGAGACAAUGAUGCCACUAAAGGAUAACCAGGAUCUUGCAUGCUUUCUGGUCACCAAACAUUCAUGGAAAGGGAAGUACAAACGUAUUUUUUCCAUUGGAUCCAUGGGUAUUACGACAUAUAAUCCUGGGACCUUAGAGGUUACUAAUAAAUGGGAUUACUCUGAAUUUAUUAGUAUACAACCUACAAAUAAGCAUCAGUUGGGUUCCUGUGAAUUCAGCAUAACUAUGCGGAAAGAACGUAAAGUUGAUACAAUGAAAUUUAGUUCAGAACAUAGAGCACAUUUGUUAACAGAAGCACUCAAAUAUAGAAAUCAGUUUGCAGAGAAAUCAAAAGAAAUUUUGAAAUAUCAUGCUGUUAAAUGCCAUUGGUCUGAUACAACAUUACCAAUAGUAUUGGAAGUAACUCCAUAUAGUCUUGAUCAGCUGGAUCCUACAACGAACAUGUUACUUUCCAGUUAUUGUUAUAAGGACUUUGAAGGCAUCGCUACGAUGAAAGACUAUCGUAAUGGAUUUGUGAUUGUUUGUGGUGGAUUUGGACGUUUACAUCUUUUUGCAUCUUCUCAGAUAGAGGAAAUAAAAAAGAAACUAUUGGAGUCAGCAAUAAAUAAUCUAGGAAUCAAUAUAAAAGUUUUAAAAGAACCAAUAAAAUUUAAAGAUUUUCUUGCACAAAGAUUAGGCAAAUUCAGUAGUGAUGAACAUAUAACAAGCGGAUCAGAAUUUACUGUUCAUAAAAUUUCACCUAGAUAUAAAGAACCACAAAAAAGAACACUUUGCCUUUCUGAUACUUGCUUAUUGGAAAGGGAUCCACAAACAUAUAAUAUUUGUACUCUUAGACCACUAUCAGAUAUUUUUGCUCUUAUUCGUGAUAAUAAAAAUCCACAAUUAUUUACGAUACAAUAUUUAAAUGGACAAAUAAGAAGUUACACUGCAACAGACAGAGAUUCCCUGUUAGCUUCAUUACUUGAUGGUGUAAGAGCAUCUGGAAAUAGAGAUGCUCAUGUAAGAAUGCACCCAAUUGCAAGGGGAAAAAGAUUAGGACCUCUUAAUUUAUCUGUUGAUGAAGAAGUAGAAAUAUCCCAUGUUAAAUUUUUACAACAACCACCAGGAGGACGUACUUUUGCAGAAAUUUUGGAAAGGUUUAAUGCUAAUAUACCGUAUAGUGGUCUCAAUUAUUCGAUAACUCAAGAUGACGGUACACCGCUUGAAUGGACUGUACCAAGCUUACAGCUUCAACUGUACAGUGUGAUGAAUAACUACUUACAGGGACUUUUUACUGAGAAUAAAGAGAAAAUUAUACUUGCUGCCUUAAGCACCUUAGUAAAUAAAGAGCUAGAAGGGAAUGAUGAGAUCGAAGCACAGUUUCAUGCUAUACGAAGAUUAGUAGCAAGUAAAGUUGGAUUCACUGCAUUCACCUCUUUUGCUGGAUUUAGAGAAGCUAUUGGUACUAGAGUUGUAAAAGCAUUAAAGAGAGAAGAUUGUGGUGUUACACAGGCUGCUAUAGAUUGUAUAUGUGCGCUUAUGCAACCAAUGCAUGAUGAUUGUGACCUAAGGCAAGAACAAUUAAACAAAAGCAGUCUUCUUAGUAGUAACAAAUUUUUAGAAAGUUUACUUGAAAUGUGGAUUAAUCAUAUUAAUCAUGGCACUGGUGCUUUAGUAGUUUCUGCCAUGCUUGAUCUAUUAACUUUUGCAUUAUGUGUACCAUAUAGUGAAACUACAGAUGGAAAACAUUUUGACAACCUUUUAGAGAUGGUUGCAGCAAGGGGUAGAUCUCUUUUCAAAUUAUUUCAACAUCCGUCACUGGCUAUUGUUAAAGGAGCUGGUUUGAUAAUGAGAGCAAUUAUAGAAGAAGGUGCACCUGAAGUGGCUGCAAAAAUGCAAGAACUAGCUCUUGCUGAAGGAGCUUUACCAAGGCAUCUUUUAUAUAGCCUCUUUACUAUCGGCAAUGAUAGUAGACUUCUGACACACAGACAACUAUGCAGACAUUUAGUAGGAUUAUGGGUGACAGGACAUCCUACAGCUAUGGGAUUAUUAAAACGAAUUAUGCCCGUUGGUUUACUAAAUUAUUUAGACUCCGAUGAAAAAGUUCCUGAUUCAUUUCUCGAAGAAGAAAAAUUAAAUAAUCGUGAUAAUUUGAAAAUAGCAAUAGACCAUGCAUCGAAAAAUAAAAAAAGUCCACAGUGGAUUAUGAUCGAACGCCAAGUGCGAUUAGUAGAGAAGCAUGUGGAACAUGCUCUUCAACACUGGGGUGCACGCAUUGGUAUAGAAAGACAAGAAAAAAUCAAAGAACGUCCAAUAGUUUUAAGAAAACGCAGAGAAAGAAUUAAGUCUGAAGCAAAUUGGAAAUUGUUUUAUUAUAAAUUCAAUCAAGAUCAUUCGUUACCUAAUUUAAUAUGGAACCAUAAAACAAGAGAGGAAUUAAGAACUGCUCUCGAUCAUGAAAUACGUGCAUUUACCUCGGAUAAAGAAUUAGCAGGUGGAACCUUAAUUGCAUGGAAUUACAGAGAAUUCGAAGUGCAAUAUCAGUGCCUAUCAGAUGAAGUCAAAAUUGGAGAUUAUUACUUGAGGCUGCUACUAGAAAGAGAUAGCCCAGAGAGUCCAAUUCGAAAAUCGUAUGAAUUUUUUAAUGACUUAUACCAUAGAUUCUUGUUAACAACAAAAGUCGAAAUGAAGUGCCUUUGCUUGCAAGCAAUGACUAUAGUGUAUGGACGAUAUUACGAAGAUAUUGGACCAUUCUCAGACACAAAAUAUAUAGUAGGAAUGUUGGAUCGGUGCACCGAUAGAAUGGAGCGUGAUCGAUUAGUUAUGUUCAUAAAGAAACUCAUUCAACACAGAAGAAACGUUAAAGAGAUAAUGGAUCAGAAUGGUGUACGAGCGCUUGUAGAUCUUUUAACAUUAGCACAUUUACAUACUUCUCGUGCUGUGGUACCCACGCAAACUAAUGUCAUAGAAGCAGGUCCACAACAAGAGAGGAUGAUGGAAAAAGAAUGGUAUUAUAACGAUGGCGAUACGCGUAAGGGUCCCAUAAGUCUAAAGGAUCUGAAAGAUUUAUAUACGACAAGUAAGAUAACUUAUAAAACAAAGGUUUGGGCACAAGGAUUGGAUGGAUGGAGGAUGAUAUCUCAAGUACCACAAUUGAAAUGGACUUUAGUUGCAAGAGGAAUUCCAGUAAUCAAUGAAAGUGAAUUAGCAACUUUGAUUUUAAAUAUCUUAAUUAAAAUGUGCGAAUACUUUCCAAGUAGAGAUGCGGACGAUGCUGUGAUUAGGCCAUUACCACGUGUUAAACGUCUCUUGUCGGACCUUCAAUGUUUACCACAUAUUGUACAACUCUUAUUAACCUUCGAUCCCGUAUUGGUCGAAAGAGUCGCUACAUUAUUAUGUGAAAUAAUGCGUGACAAUGCAGAUGUCUCAAAAAUUUAUCUCACUGGUGUUUUUUACUUCAUAUUGAUGUACACUGGUUCCAAUGUUCUACCUAUAGCAAGAUUUUUACAAUUGACACACACCAAACAGGCUUUUAGAAGCGAUGACAACAUAUCUUCUGACAUUAUGCAACGAAGCAUUCUUGGUCAACUUUUACCCGAUGCCAUGGUGAGCUAUUUAGAAAAUCAUGGUGCAGAGAAAUUUGCACAAAUAUUUCUAGGUGAUUUUGAUACUCCGGAAGCAAUUUGGAAUGCUGAAAUGAGAAGAAUGCUUAUUGAAAAAAUAGCCGCACAUAUUGCCGAUUUUACCCCGAAAUUAAGAAGUCAUACUAUGGCCAAAUAUCAAUACAUUGCUAUACCUGCUGUGAGGUAUCCACAAUUGGAAAAUGAAUUAUUUUGUCAAAUAUUUUAUCUUCGACAUUUGUGCGAUACUGUCAAAUUUCCGCAAUGGCCUAUACCUGAACCUGUGCAAUUAUUAAAAGACGUAUUGAAUGCAUGGAAAAAAGAGGUAGAAAAGAAACCACCUUUAAUGACAGUUGAUGAGGCUUACAAAGUAUUAGGUUUGCCUGUUGGAGAACAACACAAUGAAGCAAAUGUUAGAAAAUCAUAUUACAAAUUAGCUCAAAUGUAUCACCCUGAUAAAAACCCUCAAGGCAGAGAUAAAUUUGAGGCAGUUAAUCAAGCAUAUGAAUUUUUAUGUAGUCGCAGCUGUUGGACUACCGAUGGUCCGAAUCCUGAUAAUAUAGUACUUAUUUUGAGAACACAAAGUAUUCUUUUUCAUAGAUAUACAGAAGAACUUAGGCCAUAUAAAUAUGCCGGUUAUCCUCAGUUAAUUAAGACGAUCAAAUUAGAAUCGGAUGAUGAACGUUUAUUUUCAAAAUCUGCACCAUUGUUGGCUGCUGCUAGUGAACUUGCAUAUCAUACGGUUCAUUGUUCUGCUUUAAAUGCGGAAGAAUUACGAAGAGAAGAUGGUUUAGAGGUUUUACUUCGUGCCUAUACUCGAUGUGUUUCGGUUUUGAACAAAUCAAGUAAACCUAACGAUAUCGCGGUACAAGUAUGUAUGCACAUUACCAAAUGUUUCGCUGUUGCUGGAUCAUUUAGUGGAUGCAGAGAUAAAAUUAUAGAGUUACCACAAUUGGUUAAAGAUUUGUGCAGAAUAUUACAUUUCAGACAUUUGACAAAAUUAUGUUCGGUUGCUACCGAAUGUGUUUCAUCGCUUGCUACAGAUAGUAUUCUACAAAUGGAAUUAUUUAAAUCUGAUGCUUUGUGGCAUCUGUUGCUGUUUAUGUUUAAUUACGAUUAUACAUUAGAAGAAGGUGGCGUCGAAAGAACUCAAGAUGAGAAUAGACAAGAAGUUGCUAAUAAUUUGGCAAAAUUGGCUGUUAAAGCUUGUGCCAGAUUGGGUGGUUAUAUGACAGGAGAAAACAAAACACCUAAUAAUCCUGUCACAGUGAAUGCUUUAGAAAAACUUUUAACGCCUUAUCUUGCUCGUCAGCUUAGCAAAGAUAAACCUGAAGAAAUAUUAAAGACAUUAAAUUCUAAUUGUUCAAACCCAUAUUUGAUUUGGGAUAAUGGAACUAGAGCAGAGUUAAACGAAUAUCUAGAAGCUAAGCGAUUAGAAAGAUUGAAUGGUAACGAAAAUUUUGAACAUGAUUUCAGUAAUUUCAAAUAUAGUGCUCAUGCUGGAGAAUUAAUUAUUGGUGAAAUAUUUGUUAAAGUAUAUAAUGAACAACCAGUUUUUCCUAUAGAGGAUCCAAAAAGUUUUACAAUAAAUUUGCUUGAAUUUCUGUCCAAAUCAUCGGAUUGUUUAGCUUCUCUUGGAAAUGUUACUUUAGGCAAAGAAUAUAAAGAAAAGUUGGAACACGUUGUAAUGGCUUUGGAAGCAUUAAGAAAUGUAAUUAAAAAUAAUCCUGGAAUAGAAUUACAGUGUAUGGGUCAUUUCAAGUUAUUAUUUGGAUUAGUUAAUUGUAACAAUUGCAAAUUAGUGCAAAAAAGUGCGCUUGAGGUAAUCAGUAAUGUAACUAAAAAUCAAGAAUGUGUCAGUGAUAUUGCAGCAAACGAAGUGAUAGUACAUUUACUAUUAUGCUUGCAUAGUCUAAAAGAGUAUCAACUUCUUGCAUUAGAAACUUUAUAUGCACUGAUGAGUUCAACGAAAAUCGUAAAAGAUGCACUGGCUAAAGGAGCUGUUGUUUAUGUCCUUGAUUUAUUCUGCAAUUCAAGUAACACUCAGGUACGAGAAACAGCGGCUGAAUUGCUCGCUAAAAUGUCUUCAGAUAAACUGGCUGGACCAAGGGUAAAAUUAGAUCUAUCUAAAUUUUUACCCAGAUUAUUUAGUGAGGCAAUUCGUGAUUCACCUAAACAAUGUGUACACAUGUUUGAAACAAAACACGAAAAUCCGGAAUUAAUUUGGGAUGAUGAAUCUAAAGGACGAGUUUCAAGAAUUAUUGCUGAAUUGAAAGAUGAAUAUUUCGCAUUGCAAAGACGAAAUCCUAAUGUGAUAAUGAAGUUACCAGAGACUCAAAAUAAUAUUGAUAUCGCUACAAAUGAACCUGUAGUAGGCGGCGUAUACCUCAGAUUAUUUAUAGCUAGUCCUGCAUGGGCUCUUAGAAAGCCUAAGGAAUUUUUAAGUGAACUUAUGGACACUAUUCUAACACUUAUGUCUAAGGAAAAGACUGACCCGGAGAUGUUAGAGCUUACAACACAAGCUUUGGUGUGUUUAUUACAAGUGCAACCAAUAUUAGCAGAUCAAGUACCAUCGUUAGGCCAUAUACCACGACUAUGUAGACAAAUGGCAAUGCAGAACAACCAACCUUCCGUAUAUAAAACAGCAAUAUUAAUAUUACACCAAUUAGCUACCAGCGAGAUUUGUAUAUCAUCUAUUUGUCAAACAGAAUGUAUAAGUCCAUUAAAACAUGCUAUGCAAUCCAGACGGGAUAUGAUAGCAAUAGCAUGCGAAACUUUAAAUAGAUUAUUUUCAACGAAUGAAGAUAGACUUAUUAAACAGGCACUGGAAGCUGAAAUGGUGCCAUAUCUCUUAAAUAUAUUGGAAGGUCGGCUAGAUGUUAUCGAUAAUCCUGCUACAACAAAAGCGCAAAUAGUGAAAGCUUUAAAAGCAAUGACGAAAAGUUUACUUUUAGGUGAAAAAGUCAAUGCUAUACUAGAAAAAUCUAGUGUCUGGGCAGAAUAUAAAGAUCAACGACAUGAUUUAUUUAUAUCCAACACAACCAACUCAGGCUAUUUAACAGCUGGAACACCAGUAUCUGCUGGUUAUCUAACGGCAGGGCCCAGUACGACACUUACCACAGGUCCACCACCAGUUGACAAGGAAGAUAGUUUAAUUAGAAACGAUAGCAUCUGAUAUAGGUAGCAUCGAAAGUCGUACAAAAGGCAGUGAAAUUGUCAAUGAUAAAAUUCCUGUCGGUCUAUCUUACUGAUAUAGAGAGACUACAUUGUCUGUGAUUUUUGGCUCUUUAAAGAAAGGAAUAUAUUAAUUGAAUAAUAUUCAGUUAGAGUUACUUUUCUUAUUGUUACUAUUUUAUAAGAACACGUCAUGUCUUUCUUCUAUAAGAUUUAAAAGUAAUGUCUUAUUAUAAUUUACAUAGUUAUUUUGUAAAUCAUUUGUUUUUUAAAUCAAACUUAACCAAUCUAUAUAUAAAAAUUCGUUCGUUAUCAAACGUUUCCCCGAAAUAAUUUUCAUAUCGUACUUGAUAAUCAUAUAAUAUGAUUUAUGUUUAUUAUAAGCAAAUGUAUACUUAUUAACGAUCGCAAUAUGAUCUUGUAUAAAAUAUUCAUUAAUAGUAUUUCUCAGAUAAUUGCAUACCUAUAACUGGAAAUAUUAUUGAUGAAUGAAAUUGCAAAUAUGUAUGAAAAAACUUUGGCCUGUCCAUUCUUUGAAAUUAUCACUAUGCAUUUUUAAUUAUUCGCAGUAAAAUCAAAAUAAAAAAAGUAAUAAUAAAAAAUUAAAAAAAAAAA